AUGGCACAAAGUCCUCUUUCAAAUGAGGUCCAGGCAACAGAUGCAGAUGCUGACCAGUUUGGUGAAAUAGCAUAUUCUCUUUAUGAUGGCUUCCAUUAUUAUGAAAAAUCCAAAGCCUUCCAGAUUGACCCACGUACUGGUCAGAUCUGUGUGUCUCAAGACAUUGACAGAGAAGAAGAUCCAACCACUUACGAUCUCUUAGUAAAAGCUACAGAUGGGCUGGCUGAUGCAAUUGCUGCUGUGGCUGGGUAUAGCCUCCUUGCAGCAACAUGUCAGAAAGUUUUCCCACUUUGCAGGAUUAUCAGAAAAUUCAAUGCUUUGCCAUGGCAAAUUGUCAUUUUUGCUGUAGCAAAAUUUGAUAAACCAGCUUUUUUCUUACUUCUCGAGUUUCACUACAGAGCAAGGCUAAAUGUCGUCUUGUGGCUGCUCAAGUGGUAUUUUAGUGGAGUCUUGGUGGGCACCUGUAGCAGGAGCUUCAACCAUGUGGAGAGCAGUGCUGGGAUUGUGAAAAGAUAUCGUGCUGAAGCUGUGCUGGAAGGAGGGCUGAGUGCCCAAGCUUUUGUCCGCAUUGAGAUAGAUGAUAUUAAUGAUAAUCCACCUGUUUUUGAACAAGCCAUCUAUGUGACAAGCAUCAGCAGUCACACACAACCAGGCACAGAGAUCAUCAAUGUUGUUGCCACAGACAGAGAUUCAGGAAUAUAUGGCAUUGUCACUUACGAGCUGGUCCCAGGAGAAUCUUCUUCUCUUUUCACAGUGGAUACUUCUACAGGAAUUAUUUACCUGAUCUCAGCUCUCGGCCACCUGGCACAUUCUACCCUCUUCCUGACUGUUUCUGCACAGGAUGGGGGUGGCCUUCCCUCUGCCACCAAUGCAGCCAUCACAGUAAACAUCCUUCAGACCACUUUGGCCCCUGCUGUAUUUGAGAGAUCCCAGUAUAUUUUUUCUGUUCCUGAAAAUAUACCUGAAGACAGCCCAGUUGGCACUGUAAAGGCCAGAGAGCCUCCAAAUUCUUUAGAAGUUGUUUCUUACCGAAUUUACUCCGGUGAUACCCAUGGAAGAUUCUCUAUUGAUCCCCAGUUUGGUAUCAUCCGCACCAAAAAGCAACUUGACCAUGAAACUCAGUCAGUUGUGGUGCUCACCAUUCAGUCACAGUUGGGUAACUUCCCAGUCUACAGUAGCACCCAGGUCAACGUAUCCGUGAUAGAUGUUAAUGACAAUCGGCCGGUAUUUCUUACCAGAUCUGAUAAGGUAACUAUUUCACAUACUCAGCCUCCUGGCACUGCUGUCUACAUUGCUCAUGCAGAAGACAAAGACAGUGGCCUAAAUGGGGCAAUCAAAUAUAGUAUUGCAAGCAAGCAGUCAAAUACAUUUAGCAUUGAUCCAAGCCUCGGAGUGGUAAACCUUACCAGGACAGUGUUUGCAGAUGUACAGCAUGAAUAUACUCUACAUAUAGCAGCUGAGGACUGUGGAAGUCCUCCUCUGAUGUCUUUGCUGAUGUUGACAGUGAUUAUUGAAGAGCAGAAGAUGGGCCCCACUUUGGUUUUUCAAAACCUGGUGUAUCAAGUAGAAAUCAGUGAAGCUACCUCUCCAGGUGCCCAAAUCCUUCAGGUUCAAGCCCACUCGCUUGAUCUACACAGUGUUACCUCCAAGCUGUCGUAUUCCUUAGAGCCUAACAUAGAUUCUGUUGCAUUUGGAAUCGGCUCUGAUACUGGCUGGAUUUAUCUUCGGAAACGUUUGAACUAUGAAUGUGCACAGAUAUUAAGUUUUAGAGCCCUGGUCAGCACCUCUGAGGACACAAACUCCAGGAAAAAUGCAAGUACAUUGGUAAUAGUUAACAUCCUGGAUGAAAAUGAUAAUUCUCCUAUGUUUAUUCAUGAGAGCUACUUCUUUGAAAUGGAGGAAAAUCCACUUCCCAGGGGUGUGGUUGGCACCAUUACAGCUAUUGACAAGGACUCAGGAAGAAAUGGACAACUUUCCUAUUUCCUCUUGUCUGAUGGAAAAUACUUCAAGAUAAAUUCCAAUACAGGUGAAAUUAUAAACUGGGUUGCACUAGACCGUGAAAAACAAGCUCACCACCAGCUGACCGUGCUAGUGACCGACCACGGGUCCCCGCGGCUGAACGCCACGACAGCCGUGUACAUCGCGGUGAGGGACCUCAAUGACAACAAGCCCCUCUUCCCUCAAGCGGAGCCCGGAGGAGAGCUGCAGCUCCAGGUUUUGGAAGGGCAGCCAGCAGGAACACUUAUUACCACUGUCUUUGCAAAAGACUUGGAUUCUGGAAACAACGGUGUGGUAUUGUAUUCCAUAGAAUCAGAAGAGGAUAUCGGAUACUUCCAGAUUGAUGCUGUCAGUGGGGAGCUAAGAACAACCCAGUCUCUGUCAUAUGCUGGCAGAUCAGACUACAGAAUGAUGGUCACAGCCAGGGACAUGGGGAUGCCUUCACUUCAAGGACAUGCUGCUGUUUACAUCCAGGUAAUCCCGUGUGCCAGUGGGAGAUCUGCCUUCUGUCAAGAUUUUAAGCACUAUGUUGUACCUGAAAAUUUUAAGCCUGCACAAGUGUUGAAUUCUCUGAAGUGGCCUGAUACUUAUCUCACAACUAAUAGGAAACUGCAUUUCAGUAUCGCUAAAGAUGAUGGUGAUGCUCAUUUUGAAAUAGAUAGCUUGACAGGGGACCUUUUUCUUUCCAAGGAACUUGACUAUGAAACAGCUUCACACUUCCUCUUGCAAGUUAUUGUAAAGGAUUAUAAUAAUAAUCCUCCAGAGAAUAAAACUGUCCUCCUGAGUAUCGAUGUAGAAGAUAAAAAUGACCAUUCUCCUUAUUUUCAAGAUGACUUCAUAGUGAUUGGCAUAGAGGAAAAUUUACCUAUGGGCACUCUGGUUUACACAUUCAAUGCAAAAGAUGGAGAUGGCAGUUUUCUGAACAGCAAGAUAGAGUACUCCAUGGAAAUUAUUAACAUGGUUGAAAAUCCAUUUCUUAUUCACCCUGUAUAUGGCACCUUGACCACAGCAUUUCCCCUGGACAGGGAGAUGACUCGCUCGGUGAUCCUUACAGUGUCUGCAGCAGACCAGGCAAUAAAUGUGACUGAUCACAGACUUGAUUCCCUUACUGUGAAGAUUGUUAUUUUAGAUGUCAAUGACAACAGUCCUAGUUUUACGUCUUCACCUCGUUCCUAUGUCAUGGAAGACGCAGCGGUGGGCUUCCUUGUGCACUGCAUAACUGCACAGGAUCCUGAUGAGGGAAGAAAUGGACAAGUUACUUACCACGUUCUUUCAGGCAAUGACAACAAAGCGUUUGUAUUGGAUAAACUCACAGGACGUCUGACUACAGCCCAGCUUCUGGACCGUGAGAUUCAGGAGCACUACAGUUUGACAGUGAUGGCUCUUGAUGAAGGCAGCCCAGCCCUCUCUGCCACACAGGUUCUAACCAUCAUUGUUCUUGAUGUGAAUGAUGAGACUCCAGUAUUUCUGAAGCAACUUCAUGAGGCUGCAGUUCGUGAAAACCAAGAUCCAGGGGAGUUAGUCAUAAAAAUGGAAGCUGUGGACAGAGAUACAGGACUGAAUUCCUUGCUUCAGUAUGAAAUCUUACCAGGAGCUGGUUAUGAGAAAUUCAGGAUGAACUCAGACAGUGGAGAAGUUGUAACAACUGCAUCACUGGACAGGGAAACCCAGGAGGUUUUCAUUAUUAAAGUUGUGGUUCGAGAUAGUGGAACCCCAUCACGAUCAAGCACGGUGACAGUUACCUGCAAAGUGCUGGAUGAAAAUGAUCAUUCUCCCAUGUUUCUUCUUCCCAUGUUUGAGAUCUGUAUUCCAGAGAAUCAACAGUCUUCUGUUGUUUACAUUAUCCAGGCUGUGGAUAUGGAUGCUGGAAAUAAUGGAGCUCUGAGAUACAAAAUAAUUAGUGGCAACGUUGGACAAUACUUCACACUAAAUAACACUUCAGGAAAGCUGCUGGUCACUCGUACCUUAGACAGAGAAGAUGUCAGCAAUUUCACUCUUGUAAUUGAGUGCCGUGACCUAGGCAGCCCCUCAAGAAGCUCCAUUGCACAGCUCUAUCUAACAGUUUUGGAUGAAAAUGACCACCACCCGUUGUUUGCAAAGACCCACUAUCAAAUUUCUGUGAGAGAAGACCUAGAGGAAGGCUCAGUCAUCCUGGACCUCUUUGCUUCUGACGAAGAUGAUGGUCUGAAUGGUGAAGUUACAUACUCACUCAUUGACGACACCUUUGGAGCAUUUGCUAUCAACAAUGUAACAGGGUCUAUAGUUACUACAAAGACAUUGGAUCGGGAGACCAAAUCCCAAUAUAUGUUUAGGGCUGUGGCAAGUGACUGCAGCACCCAUUUGCCAAGAAGCACCACUGUCAAUGUUGUAGUGCAUGUUGAUGAUGUCAAUGACAACGAUCCCCUUUUUUUUCAGAAUCCUAUCAGAGCCUUUGUGCAUGCUGAAACCCCUGUGAAUGAGAUAAUAGCCACUGUGAGAGCAGAGGAUGUGGAUCUGGGGCCAAAUGGAGCAGUUGUUUUUAGUUUGAUGAGAGCUGAAGCUGUAUUUCAGAUUGAUGCAAAGACAGGUGACAUCAUUCUUCAGGCGCCUUUGGCUUCCAAGGACUUCAGUAACCAGCUGCUAGUGACAGCUUCAGAUCAAGGUAUCCCACCUCAAACAGCCACAGCUAUGGUCAUUAUCUUUACCGAGGAACAAGAGGAGGAGAUUUUGUUCAGCCAUAACCUAUAUGAAGCAAGUGUGCUGGAGAACAGUACAGCAGGUACAUCACUUCUAACUGUAGAAGCUUAUGAACGCACAUUUACAGGAGAAAAACUAAAAUACAGCAUCUUCAGUGAUAAGGAAAACAUAUUCUCCAUACACCCCAUUACAGGUGCUAUCACAGUAAAAGAGCCAAAGUUUCUUGAUUAUGAAGUUAAGAAUAAAAUACAUCUUUCAGUUUUGGCUGAAAACAGCUUGAAUUCAGCACUCUGUGGAGUCACAGUUUUGAUACAAGAUGUGAAUGACAAUGUACCUAAAUUUCAGCAAAACUAUUACAAAGCAUCAGUAUGGGAAGGCCAAAAUCCAAAAAAAGAUAUCAUACAGGUAUUUGCAACUGACCUUGACAGUGGGCUGAAUGGAGAAACUGAAUACUCAAUUUUAUCUGGUGAUGAAAAUGCAAUGUUUAUAAUUGACUCAGCACGAGGGGUUUUAGCAACUAAUACGGUCCUAGACCAUGAAAAAACUUCAUCUUACAGGUUGGUUAUACAAGCUGCUGAUAAAGGAAACCCCAGACUUUCUGCUACAACUAUUGUGAUGAUACAAGUGUUAGAUGUUAACGACAAUAUUCCAGCUGUCGCACCACUAGGUGAAGUGGAGGUCCCAGAAAAUGCCCUGCCUGGUUUUAUAGUGACUCAGGUGUCAGCAAGUGAUGCGGACUCCAGGCCAGCACUUCAGUUUGGUUUUGUUUAUGACAGAAGUCCUGGAAUGAAAUUCACCAUCGAUCAACACAGCGGUGUAAUCACAGUGGUGGAACCAUUAGAUUUUGAAGAAACUGCUGUAUAUAACCUGACAGUCACAGUUUCUGAUUCUGUACAUCAAACAGAAGCAGAACUCACCAUCCUUGUUUUGGACAUCAAUGACAACCCACCAGUGUUUACUCAGGAUUUGUACCAGGUGAGCUUGCCAGAGCUCAUUUCUGUGAAUGCCACCAUUCUAACAGUCUCUGCUGUGGAUAAGGAUUCGCAACAAAAUGGAAUGAUUUCCUACAAAAUGCUCUCUUCCUCUGAGGAAUUUUCCAUUGAUCCCAGGAAUGGUUCGGUGUUUGCUACAGGACCAGUUACACAGCUGGAAAAGACUUCUGUUCUCCAGCUCUUGAUAGAAGCCACAGACGGGGGCUGUCCCACUCUGACUGCAGUUACCUCCAUAGAGGUGCAUGUAGAAGAUGUAAAUAACUAUGCCCCUCAGUUCACAAGGGUUCUGUACAAUCUCAGUGUGAGCGAGGAUGCCUCAGUUGGAGAGAAAAUACUCACAUUUUCAGCCAUUGACUAUGAUUGGACACAUGAAAACAUGUAUGUCGAGUACUCUAUUAUUGACGGCAAUGCUGAGAAUUUAUUCUCUGUGGAAACAAGCAUCAUGGAGUCAGAAACAUCCUACAAACUUGUUGGCAGUCUUGUUUUGAGCGAUGUUCUCGACAGGGAAACUGCUUCUGCUCACCAUUUGGUCCUCCUUGCCUCUGGUCAUGGAACACCCUCCUUGAAUUCAACAGCUACUGUGCUAAUAACUGUGCUGGAUAUUAACGAUAAUCCCCCAGUAUUUAGCAGCCCAGAGUAUCACGUUCAUGUCAGAGAAAGCAUCCCUGUAGGUAGUCACAUCACUGAAGUUUCAGCAAACGACUGUGAUGCAGGCCCUAACGCAGAGAUCACUUAUGCUAUCAUCUCUGGAAAUGACGAGGGACACUUUCACUUGGAUGGGAAAACUGGAACAGUGGAUUUGAUGAAAACACUGGAUUAUGAGGACACCAUGAAAUUCACUUUGGUCAUCCAAGCCAUAGAUGGAGGAGCUGAUGUAAAAAAUGUGGCUUUUUCUGUUGUUCUUAUUAGCAUCCUAGAUGACAACGAUUAUGCCCCGCUGUUUUUGUUUCCCACGCUGAGCUGCAUUGUCAGUGAAAAUCUGCCUACCUUUUCUUUUGUGUGUGCUGUUAAUGCCCUGGAUUUUGAUAAAGGCUCCUAUGGACACCUUACCUACUCCAUCCAGUCUUCGUGUUUGGCCCAUCGUGAAGCUCCUAGAGACCAUGACAUGUUCUUCAUUGAUCCUUUGGCAGGAGAUAUUCAUACAAAGCAAAUGUUUGACUAUGAAAGUCAGAAUAGGUACUGCCUCAUAAUCCAAGCAAAAGACAAAGGUGAUUCACUGGCUACCAUUACAGUUCAGGUAGAUAUUGAGGGGAGAGAUGAAUUUGACCCAGUGUUUACACAAGAUCAAUAUUUCUUUAAUCUCCCUGAGAAGAAUGAAGCAGGGCAGUUGCUUGGCAGGGUGACAGCAUCAGACAGUGAUGGUGGACUGGAUGGAGUUGUUCAUUACUCCCUGCUAAAAACUUCUCCAUUCUUCUCCGUGAGUCAAACCAGCGGUUAUAUUUAUUUAACUCAGACUGUUCACAGAAAGAAAAAUGGCAGCAAAAGGAAUGAUGAUUACCUGGAAUUGUUGGUGAGAGCUCAUAGCCCCAGAAUUGAGUCAAAGUUUACAGUAUGUACCGUUUUGGUAAAUGUUUCCAGUUCUUCUGAGAGUUAUCCCAUAGUGUCAGCGUACAGCCUGACCAUUAGCAUUUCGGUCUCUGCAAUAGUGUUCCUGUUGCUUGCAGUCAGUCUUAUUGCUGUUAUUCUGAGGCAUAAGUGGAAAGAUCUGAUGAACUUUUGUGUUACAAAGGAAGCAGUAUCUUUCUCAGCUACUGAUGUGAAUUCAGCCAGUGAAGAUGAUGGCUGCCGGAAAAUCCAAAGUACUGAGAGCAGUAUGCUUCCCAUGGGUGUCAUAGCAGAAUGGCUGAGCCUAGAAGGAAUCCAAGAAGGGAAGGAUGAUCAUGUCCCCUGCAGACAUUCAGACUCCAGUGGCCAUGGUUCUGCCGAAGGAGAAACUGCAGAGGAUGAGGAAAUCAAAAUGAUCAAUGAGCAUCCUUGCAGGAAGAGCUCUGGCUCAGUACUGAGCGAGUGCAGCUCACGGGUGCCAGAUUCAGGGAUCCCAAGAGAGUCUGAUCAGCUGUCCUACCACUCUGGAGAAACUGAUGUUGUGGCUAACACACAGAGCAUGGAGAGUGUGCAGGCCAUUAAAGGAGCAGGCAGAGAAGAAGCCUGUCACACAGCCUAUACACAUAAAAUGUUGUCUCAAGCACUUAGGAAAAUUGGAAUAAAAGAGAAAGACAUGAUGACAGACCUCACAAGAGACUGUGACUUCAUGUCAGAUGGGCAGGACUCUGGAUGUAAUUCGCUUGCAACUCUUAGCACCUCUGAUGAGGAACUCAGAGUUGGUUAUAACUGUGAUUAUGUACUCAGCUGGGAACCCAGAUUUCAGCCUCUUGCCUCAGUGUUUAAUGAUAUUGCAAAACUAGAAGAUGAAAAUGUACACAUUCAUAGCUUCCCUAAGGAGAAGAAAUCUCAGGUUUUCCCUCCUCCCUUGAUAACAUCAGUAGCCCAGCCUGGCAUAAGGACAGUGCUACCACAAAUGCCAAAUACAGUAUCAGGGCAAGCAUUUAAAAUUUUCCCUCGUUCUCCCCUUAUCCAUAAUUUUGGAUACCCUCCACCAACAAUGACCCCCAGUUUUUCUCCUUCUCUCUCUUUACUUACCAGGCAGAUGCCUACUGCUUCUCCAGUAAUGUCUGAUGGGAAGAUGGUAGGAACAUUUCUUAUUGAUCCAAACCAUGAACUUGCAACAGAGGAAGAAAUUCAGGUCUAG